UCUUGGUUUGUUGGAUAAUACAGAAAAAAGACUCAGCAGACCCAACUCUCAGCUGCACACAGAGCGUAUUCAGACGCGCACGUGUAUUUUUGACAUAAGAAACGUAAAUAUUAACUUAGAUUUUUUUCGGAUCCAGGAUUGUUUAACGAAAAUAACAGAGAAGCAUGCAGUUCUUUCCAGCCCUGAGGUGUCCCACAGUCCAACUCUUCAAUGGUCUGGAAAUCCCAGUACUUGGAUUAGGUACAUCUCAUCGAGGCGGAUACUCACAUGAUGCCAUCCUGUACGCUCUCACUGAAUGUGGUAUUCGCCACCUUGACACAGCAAAGCGGUAUGGCUGUGAGAAGAAGCUGGGCAAAGCUAUCAAAGAGAGUGGGCUGCAACGAAGUGAACUAUGGCUCACUAAUAAACUCUGGCCUGGGGACUAUGGAUACAAAGCUGCAAAAGAAGCCUGUCUGGACUCCUGCACAGCAAUGGGGGUUGAAUAUUUUGAUCUGUACCUGAUGCAUUGGCCGGAGCCAUUUAAACCUGGUGGUUCUAACAGAGAGAUCAGAGCUGACACAUGGAAAGCUCUGGAGGACCUUUACAAAGAAGGGAUUUGUCGUGCUAUUGGGGUGAGUAAUUUUGUGGUCCACCACCUGGAGCACUUGAAGGAAGACUGUAGUGUUGUGCCACAUGUUAACCAGGUGGAGUAUCAUCCUUUCCAACAGCCCAAACACCUGAUGGAGUAUUGUCGGAACAAUGGGAUAGUGUUUGAAGGCUUCAGUCCCCUGGCCAAGGGUCAAGCCCUCAGCGAUCCUGUCGUGCAACAAAUAGCAAAAAAGCACGGACGAACGACUGCUCAGAUCUGCCUUCGCUGGAGUAUUCAGAAUGGAGUUGUCACUAUUCCAAAGUCCACCAAAAAGAACAGGAUACAGGAAAACUGCCAAGUGUUUGGGUUCCAACUUGAUGAGGAAGACAUGGUUGCUUUAGGAAAUCUACAUGAUGGACGGCACAUAAGUUGGGAUCCUACAAAUGUGGAUUAAAAUUUACCAGGAAAAACAAAAGGAAGAAAAAUUCCUGGUAAUAACUUUGUGAGUGACAGGUGGGGAAACAGUCAUUUUUUUAUGUGACUUCUUAAAGGGGGCCACUGAUGUGGAUUUCCUUAAAGUCUUAACUUCACAUGACAAACUGCAUGGGAAUUCAAUGUGGCUAGCAUACCUUUUGUAGUUUUACCUCCUUUAAAGUUUAAUAUUUAAAACGUGACAAUUUUACUUUUUUUUGGUAUUAUUUGAAGUCCAUUAUCUUCAAUAAUUGUUGAAGUACUUCCAUCAUUCAAUUUUUAGAAAAAACAAAAUCUUCAAAUUGUGUACAUUUAGUAUUGGGAAUAAAUGUAAUGUUUUCAACCAUAUCAAUUAAUUUAAUAAAUAAUACUCUAAUAUAUUUGGUUUUCAAAGUCUAGAAAUCAAGACUAUAAAAUUUACCAGAAGUAAAAUACACUUAUGUGCUUUAAUAUUUGGCAUAUGAUCCUUUUGUAAAUACCUACAUCGUAAUUGAUGGGAAUCAAAAGUGUAAGACAUUUAAAUAAAAAUAAAAGUAUGUUAAGUGUGA